AUUUUCAAACAGUGUACCGCCACCGGAAGACCGUGCAUCCAUCGCGGGGAGGGGAGGAAAUCUGCAUUAGACACUGAUGAUUAGCAAACCUCAAGGCAGUUUCACACUAUGGUAGCACUGAGAAGUACCCAAAUCACAACAAGCAGACAGAUCCCUCUUGAUGAGUUGCUACAGUUAGCGUUGCAGAAUGAAGACUGAGGCAAAUACAGCAAACUGCCCUCUGACGACAGGCUGAAAGUUUGCUAAGAGACAGUAGAUAAACAAACACAAGCGUCCAACGGAGUGUUUACUUGUGUCGAAAAUGACUACCAGCGCAGAGCGGAAGUUCAUCAAUCUGCGGAAGCGUUUGGAUCAGCUGGGCUACAGACAGCCGCUGGCCAUUGAAUGCCUGCCAUUGGUCGAGAAACUGUUCAGUGACCUGGUCCACACCACUGAGAGUCUCAGGAAUGCCAAGCUAGCUGCAGGAAAGACAGAAAAGGAGAGUCGGAAUGUGGAUGCUGUUCUGGAGCCAUAUAAAGCUGAAAAUGGCCGUCUUGUCAGAGAGAAUAACGAGCUACACCUUGGGCUACUAAAACUGAGAGAGGAGAAGGAUCAGAUCAGCAGAGAGUUGAAGGCGUACAUCAGGAAACUAGACCAUGAAACCUCAGAUCUGAAAUUCCUCAAUAAUCAGUAUGUGCACAAAGUUCGGUCCCUUGAGAAAGACAGCAAUGCCAAGACUGCGCGUAUCCUACAGCUCCAGGAGAAGAACAUGCAAGCUGUUGUUCAGACACCAGGUGGAAAGAAGCGAUCAAUUCCAUUCAGACGCCAGCGGAUGCAGAUAGAUGAACUCCUCCCACCCUCCUGUGGCCCCACCCCUCCAUCUGUGGCACAGCCAGAUGAUCCCUACAUCGCUGACCUGCUUCAGGUGGCUGAUGACAGGAUCCAGGAGCUUCAAAAGGAGGUGGCACAACUGAAGCUUGACCUGGAGAGAGCACAAGCAGGAAUCAAACAUCUCAACACUCAGGUAGGAGAGCGAGAUAAAGAGAUUGAGCGUCUGAAUAGAGCUCUGGAUGGAGGUCGACCCAAUGAUGUCAUCUCUCUAGAGGCACAGAACAACAGCAAUGAAAAGCUUAUUGCUCAUCUGAACCUACAGAUAGAGUAUCUGCAGGAGACAAAUAGAUCCCUGGAACAGAAAAUUGAAGGACUGCAGCAGAGAAAGAAGACCGUGUCCAGUGAGGUGGCUGACCUGAGCGCUCGAAAUCAAGAGCUAUGUCAGGAACUCACUCAGAUAGACCAACUCGCACAGCAGCUGGAAAAAGAUAAAGAGAUGGUUCUUGAGACUGCUGACACAGAGCUGCAAGAGGCCAAGAAGGAGAUUCAGCGUCAGCAGCAGGAGAUAGAGAACCUGGAGGAGGUCAUCUCUAAAUUACGGCGGGAUAUGGCAGAGGGAGACCAUGAGAAAGACCGUCUGAGGGAUCAGCUGCUUGAGCUUCAAGAACAGAAUGAGAAAAUGGAGGGCCUCAUGAACUUUUUGGAGGAAGAGAAGAAGAGGCUUCAGGACAAAGUAGAAAGAAUGACACAGGCUGAUAAGGAGGUGAUUCUGGAAUUGGAGCGAAUGCGUGCAAGGCAUGGGAUGUGUGGGAAAGAUCACUCUCCAUCCCGUCUGGAUGCCUUUGUGAAAAGUUUAGAGGAGGAAAGGGAUUACUACAGACAGGAGGUGGAGCGAUACCGUAGGGUAAGGGGCAGGGCAGACAAAAGCCCCACCCCUAGCCCAGGUAGAGGAAGGAGUCCUAGAGGUAGAGGCAGCUUGCAUGGGAAGAGAGAUUAUGGAGAUACAGAACUCUCACGCAUAGUAAAGGAAAGGGAUGAGCUACAGUCAGUGCUGCUGGGCUUUGAGAAACACAUGGAGGACAUCCAGACAAGAGUUAAACUACUGACUGCAGAGAGAGACCAGCUCAGCACUCAGUACCAGCAGGCUCAGGAAGAGCUGAGACAUGUCCAUAGAGAGCUUGAGUCCUCUGAACUUCAGCACAGGAUCAGAGAGGACAGUCACCAGACUCAAGCUGAACUCCAGAGAAUCAUUGCAGAGAGAGACAUGCUCAGAGAAAGACUCAAGGUUGCUCAGACCACAGCUCUAACAGACAGAGAACAGGAGGAGUUUAGAAUUCUUGACCUGGAGAACACAAUUCAGAUGCUGGAGAGAGAGAAGGCUGAUCUGCGCACUCAGGUGGCUGUGCUGAAAGAGAAUCGUGUUGCUGUUGAGAAAGAGCUGAAGGCUCAGUCAGCAGUGCUGGUGCAGAAUGUAGAGGAGACCACACAGCAAAGAGCCGAGUGCAGCGCACUAAGGCUGCUACAGGAACAGAUGGAGCAGUCUCUCUCAGAUGUUCAGCACAGAUUAUCUGUGAAGACCAAUGAACUGCAGGCAGCCCACCAACAGAUUGACAAACUGGAGGAGAAAAUUGGUGAUUUGAGUAGACAUGGUUCAUCUCAGAAGGAUGAAGUAGCAGCUAUGCAGAGUGCAAUAGCAUCUCUAGACCGAGAGAAAGAUGCCCUGCAGGAUGCAGUCGACCAGAAGACUGAGAGUAUGGUGCUGCUUCAGCAGGAGAUCCACAGGAAGGAAAAGACUUUGGCAGAAGUCCGGCUUACUGUCACAGAUUUGGAGAACUCUCUGGAUCAGCUGAAGGUGGCAUUGAGCAGUCGUGAGCGGGAAAUAGCUAGUCUGCGCAGACAGCUAGACCAAUCACAGGAGGAGCUCUCAAAUAUCAGUCGAGACAGAGAGGUCGCGCUGAGAGAGAAUCGCAGAUUACAUGACGAUCUGGCCACCAUGACCAGAGAAAACCAGGCAGUGCAUGAAGAAAUGCAAGAAGCUCUGAACGAAAGGGACGAAUUGAAGCUCAGAGUUCACUCGUACAUCUCAGAGGUGGCUCGGAUAGAAAGCAUGAUGGCUGCCAAGGAACAAGAGAACAGGGAAAUGCUGGAGCGUUUCCGAUCCGUUCACUCUGAGUCAGAGGACAGAGAGCUGAAAUUGCAGCAGGCAGAGGGACUGAAUAACUCCAUCAGACUGGAGCUGCUCUCAUCAGACACAGAGCGUAGACACCUUAGAGAGAGAGUCUCACUGCAGGACAGAGAGAUACAGGAGCACUUGAAUGCUCUGCAGGCAUAUGAAGCUCAGGUGUCCUCACUGGCACGAACAAUGUCUCGUUUGGAAGAGGAGAUCCAGGCAGCUCGAGCUGAUAAAGCCUCAGUAUUGGCAGACCUGGCUUCUGUCAGAGAACUGUGUGUUAAGCUAGACUCCAGUAAAGAGGUCACAGCUCGCCAACUAACAACUAAGAGCAUGGAGCUUGAGAGGCUAACAGGUGAACUGGAGGAUGUGCGCUCGGAGGCAGAGCUUCUGAAAAAACAGCUGGCCAGUGAGCGGCUCACAGUACGCAAUCUGGAGACGCUGCUCUCCACCAAUCGGCAGAAGGAGUUUCAGACGCACAUGAGUGCCAGCGAGAAAGAGUCUGAACUCAAAGUGCUGAAGGGCCGCUUAACUCUUGCAGACAGUAAAACAGCUAGUCAUGCUAGAGAGGUUUCUCAGUUGCGUGGAAAAGUGUCUCAGCUACAAACAGAAAUGGAUGUCCUCAAGAGACAGCUUACCUCUGAGCGCUUUGAAAGGGAGAGAGCAGUGCAGGAAAUGCGCAGACAAGGCUUGUCUUUCUCCUCUCUGCGUAGCUCCUCCCCUCUCAGUGCCUCUCUCAGUCCUCGGCCUGUUUCUCCUGAGCGCUCCAUCCUUCGUAUUCCAGAGCGCUCCAUAGACAAGACGCCAGAAAAAAGUGUGAGCUUUAAGGACUAGCCAGGCUUGAAGUGCAAAAGAAAACGAUGGCUUAUAACACUGGUCAUAAUACCUCGAGAGAGCGGCCUGUCACAUUUGCACUGUCAAGACAUCACAUGAAUAUUUGUGGAAGAUUCUUGUGUGUAGCAAAUCUUGAAGAAACCUUUUGUUGGACCAGACAUGUCUCAGUCCCGACAGUCCUUCCUUUGGCUUUUAAAAACCUUUGUAUUUAAGUAAAAUGAUGCCAAAAAAAAGCCUGUCACUAGAGCUGUCAUUUGUCUAAUAUGUUUUUAUUAACUUAAAAGCAAUUGUAUUGCAGUGGUUGUGGCCCUGUUACAUGUUUGUAUUGUCUGUGUUUUGCAUAGUUUUGUACUUUUUGGAAUGAAAAAAAGUAACUUUUUAUAUCUUUACAUUGCAGACUUUUAGCAGGUUAAACUUGAGAGUCUGUGUUUUAAAAUGUGAAAGUGUGACCAAAUCCUUCAGUCAAAUUUAAGUUGAUAUGGCCAUGAUACAUAUGGCUGUAUUAAUGUCACACUACAGCAAACACUUGCUAUCCAAACCCUUUUUUUUUUUUAUGUUUACAUGUGUAUAGUAGAUGGUUCUUGUAAACUGAUUAACUUAUGAAUAAACAUAAUUUUUAAAUGA